CGCAUCUCCAUCCAUUCAUCCAUCCAACAGAAAUUCAUCACAACCAGAAAGAGAGAGAGAGAGAGAAAUAAUGGCAGGAAUCAUCCACAAGAUCGGAGAUGCGCUCCACAUCGGAGGAGAAGGCAAAGACAAGGAGCAACACAAGGAGGGCGAGCACCACAAGGAGGGCGAGCACCAUAAGAAGGAGGACGAGCACUACAAGGAUGACCACAAAAAACACAAGGACGACCACGGCGACGACCACCACAAGAGCAAGGGCCACGACGAGCACCACAAGGACGACAAAAAGAAGAAGAAGAAGAACAAGGACAAGAAGAAGGAGGACGGCCACAGCAGCAGCAGCGACAGCGAUUAGCAACGUCUGUCUGAUGCUCUUUCAUUUCUUCAUUUUCAUCAUCAUCUCUUUUGCUACUCCAUUAUGGACCGUGAAUCUCAUUUUAUUUUCCUUGUAGGUGCAUGUUUGGGGCUUUUCGAGUUUUGUUUGUUGUCCUCAACUUUAUGUUUCAAGAAAAGAUGUCCCAAAAUAAAUAAAGAAAGAGCAUGCAAGAGAAGAAUGACCGAGCUUGUUAAUUUUCUGAAUGCAUUCCACGAUCCAACGGAAGAGCAGAAGAAGAAUAAUUUUGCUUAUUCAUUUUCUGUAUGCUAUUUUCCCCAGUUUUAAAUGUUUUAGAUAAUAAGUACUAGAUCUAUAUGUCAACCCUUAUUUCACGGAACAUAAUAUUUAAAGGGAUUAGAAUUUAUAUUCUCCA